AUGGCCUUCACCUUCGCCGCCUUCUGCUACAUGCUGUCGCUGGUGCUGUGCGCCGCCCUCAUCUUCUUCGCCAUCUGGCAUAUAAUUGCCUUUGAUGAGCUUCGGACAGACUUCAAGAGCCCCAUCGACCAGUGCAACCCAGCCCAUGCAAGGGAGAGGCUGAGGAAUAUUGAGCGGAUUUGCUUCCUCCUGCGAAAGCUGGUGCUGCCGGAGUACUCCAUCCACAGCCUUUUCUGCAUAAUGUUUUUAUGUGCUCAGGAGUGGCUCACACUGGGGUUAAAUGUUCCUUUGCUUUUUUAUCACUUCUGGAGGUAUUUUCGUUGCCCAGCAGACAGCUCAGAGCUGGCCUAUGAUCCACCUGCAGUCAUGAACGCAGACACCUUGAGUUACUGCCAGAAAGAGGCCUGGUGUAAGCUGGCCUUCUACCUCCUCUCCUUCUUCUAUUAUCUCUACUGCAUGAUCUACACUCUGGUGAGCUCUUAACUGAAAGAUCAUCACUAAGGACUGAAAACAACAAAGGCUGGAGGUGCAAGGACGAGUGAACCAAGGGAUGCAUGAUUAAAAACAGCAAAGAGGAAAACUUUGAACCCAAGCAGUAAAUACGGUACAUGAGAGAGAGAUCAAGCAGAAUACCAUGGGAGAAUGGCUGAGUUAAUUCUGUCUCCUGUUUCUCAAUGCAUUGCAGCAAAUGAUUUUCAAAACCCAAGCAAACAAAAAAAAUUGCAACAAUGUGGGCCAAAUUAUACAACUAUUCACCUUUCCAGGGAUAAUGCUGCUUGGUUUAGUGGAUUCAUUAAAACUUUAAUGCCUGUAGUUCCUGCUGUCUUCCAGGAAGCAACAUUCCUUUUCUUAAGGACUGUUCUGGACUGAGGAAGCACAGGACAAGAUGAUCUUAUACAGAAAGAAGAGCUGUACAACAUUCUGAAAACAAGCAGUGAGUGGACUUUGGAUGGAUAUGUGACUGAACUGCGGGGCUAUUCUCAUGACACUGGUCAAACAGGGAUGUCAAGUCUCAUGGAACUGCUUCAGUGGUUUUGGUUUGUUGGUUGUUUUUUUUCCCCACCAAAACAACAAUACCAAAAGAAUUUGCAGUUUCAGUGUUCUGUAUUCUAACUAUAUGCUAUUCCUGCAGGUGAACAUCCAGUAUAUUUCUGUACUUCAUUUGUGAUGCACCAACACCAUUCAGUGAGAUGUUAAUUGGGUAAACCAAUUAACCAAUACAUUGGGUUUAACCUAAUCAGGCCAAGCACUUACCAGAAUAGUGUUCCUCUGACUGGAAAAAAAAACCCAAACCAGGUAAAAGCUGCAUCUAUUUAAAGAGGAUUGUAACAUAGCUAUUAUAUUCAUCACAAUGCUGGAUGGCAAAUACUGGACCAGCUAAUUGUGGUCUGUAUUUCUGUUUUGCAGUUUUACUUCUGCUGUAAAAUUUAAGCUGGAACAAAUACACAAAAUGUCUUUGUCUUGUAUGAGGUUCCUAUUGAAAGAUGUUCAGUUUUUUAUAAUUUAAAGCUUUUAAAAUUUUGUCAUAGAAUUCUCAUUUGAAUUCCUUUAUAUGGGCUGCAUAUCUUUAUACAUAUGUAUGUAUACACAAAUACAUAUCUACAUAAAUACAAUCUAUUUACAUUUUA